AUGGCCAACACUCCCCACGGCGGCGUCCUCAAGGACCUUCUCACCCGCGAUGCCCCCAAGCACGCUCAGCUUGCCGAGGAGGCGCGCUCGCUUCCAGACCUCUUCCUCACUGAGCGUCAGCUCUGUGACCUCGAGCUCAUCCUCAACGGCGGCUUCUCGCCACUCGAGGGCUUCAUGAACGAGGCCGACUACACCUCGGUCCGCGACACGCUCCGCCUGGCCAAGGUCAACGGCCAGCGCCAAGGCAGCCUCUUCUCCAUGCCCAUCACCCUCGACGUCUCGCAGGAGGACAUUGACCGUCUCAGCCUCAAGCCUGGCUCUCGCAUCGCUCUCCGCGAUUUCCGUGACGAGGCUGCCUUAGCCAUCAUCACCCUCGACGACAUCUACCGCCCCGACAAGGCGACCGAGGCCAUUAACGUCAUGGGCGCCGACGACCUCGCCCACCCGGCCGUCAAGUACCUCCACAACUCUAUCAAGGAGUUCUACAUCGGCGGCAAGGUCGAGGCGAUCCAGGCGCCCAACCACUACGACUACGUCGCCCUUCGCUACACGCCCGCCGAGCUCCGCGCCCACUUCCACAAGCUGGCCUGGAGAAAGGUGACUGCGUUCCAGACCCGCAACCCCAUGCACCGCGCCCACCGCGAGCUCACCGUUCGUGCCGCCCGCCAGCACCGCUCCAACGUCCUCAUCCACCCCGUCGUCGGCCUUACCAAGCCCGGAGACGUCGACCACUUCACUCGUGUCCGCGCGUACCAGGCUCUCAUGCCUUCGUACCCCGAGGGCCUCGCGCAUCUCGCCCUCCUUCCCCUCGCCAUGCGCAUGGCUGGUCCCCGUGAGGCUGUCUGGCACGCCAUCAUCCGCAAGAACUUUGGCGCCACCCACUUUAUCGUCGGCCGUGACCACGCCGGCCCAGGCAAGAACAGCCAGGGUGUCGACUUCUACGGGCCAUACGACGCUCAGGAGCUCGUCGCGCAGUUCAAGGACGAGCUCGAUAUCGAGAUGGUCCCAUUCCAGGCUAUGACCUACCUCCCCGGCACCGACGAGUACCAGCCGGUUGACGAGGUGCCCAAGGGCACCCAGACCGCCGACAUCUCGGGCACGGAGCUCCGCAAGCGCCUCCGCACCGGCGCUGCGAUCCCUGACUGGUUCUCGUACACUGGUGUCGUCAAGGUCCUCCGUGACUCGUACCCCCCUCGCCCGCAGCAGGGCUUCACUGUCCUCCUCACAGGUCUCCACAACUCGGGCAAGGACACUAUUGCUCGCGCACUCCAGGUCACGCUUCAGCAGCACGGUGGCCGCUCCGUCUCGCUCUUGCUCGGUGACGAGCUCCGCGGCGACCUGACGCCCGACCAGGCACACGCUCCUGAGGAGAAGCACCGCAACAUCCAGCGCAUUGGCUUCGUCGCCUCCGAGCUGACCAAGGCCGGUGCCGCUGUCAUCGCCGCUCCCACUGCACCUUACGAGCGCUCGCGCAAGGCCUUCCGCGACGCCGUCGCAGGGCCAGGCGGCAACUUCUUCCUCGUCCACGUCGCCACCCCUCUUGCCGAGUGUGAGGCUGCCGACCGCCGCGGCGUGUACAAGCGCGCGCGCAACGGCGAGCUCAAGCACUUCUCGGGCGUGUCGGACCCCUACGAGGAGCCAGUUGACGCCGACCUCGUUGUUGACCUCCGCAAGGACUCGGUCCCCGAGAUUGUCCACUCCAUCAUCAUGACGCUCGAGCAGCAGAACCUCGUCUAA